GGAAGACUCAUUUACUUGCAGACAUUCUUUUAUAGUUUCUAGCUCUUUGUCUUUCUUUCGUUAACAUCGCAUCCCCCACAUUCACUUCCGGCGGAGAAUCCAACACUUUGAAAAACAAUCAUUUACAAUUAACGGAAACUUAACUUAAAUGCUAAGGGCGUCAUUUUAUUCAUCAGAGCUCGACUCCGGCACCACCGAUUCUGUCGCCUCCUCUCCUCGUUCUGAUCACCAUGAUCUCCAUUUUUCACGUGUACGAUUCAUGUGCAGCUUCGGAGGCAAAAUCCUCCCCCGUCCCCACGAUAAUCAGCUCCGUUAUGUUGGUGGUGAUACCCGCAUAGUUGCCGUUCACCGCUCCACCACCUUCUCUGCUCUAUUCACCAAGCUCUCAAAGCUUGCUGGUGGGAGUAAUAUUAGCGUGAAGUAUCAGCUGCCUAACGAGGAUUUGGAUUCAUUGAUCUCGGUCACCACUGAUGAGGAUGUGGAGAACAUGAUGGAGGAGUAUGAUCGCAUAGCACAGAAUCAAAACCCAAGAUCAGCUCGGCUUCGUCUCUUUCUCUUUACUAAAGGUGAUGAUGAUUCCCGAGCUAGUAGUAUCAGCUCGCUCUUUGACGGCGCGGCUAACCGAGAACACUGGUUCUUUGACGCUCUCAACAGCAGCGCGACGCUUGAGCGUGGACCUUCAGAGGCUUCCUCCAUUGUUUCUGAAGUACCCGAUUACUUAUUCGGGUUGGAUAAUUCUGAUGAGACGCAGCCUCGUGAACUAAAAAUGAAGUCUCGAUUUGUUUUGCAUGAGCAUGUAUCGGUAUCGGAUCCGGGUUCUCCUGCUCCGGUUGUUUCCUUGCCGUUUUGCUCCACUUCAUCCGCACCUAUUGUUCCAUCCAUGCCUGAUCUACCUUCGGUCAAGGCUAAACCCGAUAACCCGGUUGCGAAAGUAGAGUCAAAGCAGAGUGGUCAAGUGGAUGGCUAUGCAGAGACCAUGGAGCCACAAACGCAGCAGCCAAUACAGCAAACCGGAUAUUCGGGUCAACCCAUGUGGCAAUAUGUUCCUGAUUCACAUUACUCGGGUCCUGCCGUACAACAAAUACCCGUUUAUUAUGUUCCUGGUCCGGUUCAACCCGCAAGUGCUCCGCUGCAGCCUGUUCCUAUUCGAGCCCAAUAUAUUCAACAACAAUAUCCCGUUCUUGGGGGUCAAGUGCCUGUAGGGUACCAUCAGCCAGUGGCGGGUUCGGGUCAAGUAUAUGGUGGAGCUGUGAGGCCCGUUGUGACGAUGGAUCAUGCAUAUGAGCGGACAAUGAGAGUAGUUCCAGCUGAGGGAGUGAACCAGCAGGUGUAUUACGGGGUUAGAAAUGCGGGUUUGGUUCAGGGGUAUCCGGGUAUGAUUGUACCAGGAGGAGAAGGAUUAGGAAGGACUGGAUCCGAUGUGAAGCCGGGUCGGAUCUCAGAGUCCUGUUGAAGGGGUGAAGUAGAGUAAAUUAAAUUAAUGUUGUCAUAUUUGCGUUUGUUUAUGGUUCUUGGUAAUUGUCAUGUGGAUUGUAACUGAGUUGAAUAUGUUUGAUCAGAA